AUGUACAAGGCGUGCAAGCUGGUGCGCGGCUGCAGCUACGCGAGCAUCGUCGCGGCGGUCGACGCCGCGGUGAAAGACGGCGUCGCGGCCAUGCUGAGGCACAGGCACCACGACUGGACGCCGGGCAUGAUCCGGUCGGCUCUGAUGGCGACCGCGACCACGCUGGACAGCCGGGGCCAGCCCAUCGCGGGCAACGCUCCCCCCGGCAGCGCCGCGACGCCGAUCAGAACCGUGCUGCGUCAGGCUCAGGCAGCGGUCGCGCCGGCGGCUUCGGCGGCCUCAACUACCCGUCGUUCGUCGUGGCUGAGCAACGGCACCGACACCCGCGUGCCGGCGCGCACCGUGACGGAGGUGUCGGAAGGCCCCGAGACCUACACCGCGAAGGUCGUGGCGCCGGGGACGCUGGAGUUCGGCGGGCAGAGGAACGAGCGGGAGAGCUACUCGGUCGGUCGUGUUCCGGAGCAAGAAGGGCCCCGCGAGCGCGCAUGGGCACGGCACGCGAGGGGAUGGCGCAGCAGUUCGGGGAGAACGACGUGCGUAAAGUGA